ACGCACGUAGCUGUCAGUAGGAAAUGCAGGCGGCUGGUGCUUGCACUGCUGGGUGUUCGAUUGUCGCUGUGCUGUGAUCUAUCCAUCAGCGAGACGCCUUUUCGCUACAGGAUGAAAACUGUGACUUUACAGGCUUGUUUGAAUCUGGAGGUUUCUGCGAGUCUACACGUCUGACUGAAGUAACGGGCACAGUUGAGCGUGGCUAGCUAGGCUAACAAACAGAACACUACCAGAGCUAAUGCUAACAGUUACAGCAGGCUAAAAUAAGCUAACCUGGCUAGGUGGUUACUUAGCAGGCUUGCUAGCUAGCUCGCCUGUCACCGGACUUCUGCUCUCCCUGGUCCUCACGCCCGUCCAGCGGUUCCUGCCCCGGUCAUUCGUGUUGUCGUUUCACGGAGGAAGUUUCGGAGCCGGAGCUGUGGCGGGGGGGGCGUGCGGAUAGGAACCCCCUGGCUGUCCAGGCGGACGGAUCGCAGUGACACGCCGAAGAGAUCAGGGUGGAACCAUGGCUGAACUCUCCACCUUAUCCCCAUCACCAUCUGCGCUGGGUGAACCGCAUGCAGCUCCCUCCAUCCCUCCAUCCUCUGCAUCCUCUCUCCCUGUUCCCAACAACUCUGCUCUGGAGUCUAAACCAAAGUCUGCCCUCUACAAUGACAACACUCUGACUGAAAACACUUCUACAGCACUGUCGGGGAGUUCACCCGAGACUCCCCUACCACCCUUGAGUCAUCUCAAAACCACUGACGAGACCCCCCUCCCAUCAUUGGUACCUGAGGUUCUUCGGAAUGAGGAAUCGACAGGGAGAGAUGUAGAACCUGGAGCUUCUAACAUUAAGCAGGAGUCUCUGUCCAGUGACCACGUUGCUGCAGAGAUCGUGAAUACUGCAACAGAGACACCAGCACUAUCGGGUCAGCCCUCAGCUCAGAGUGAAGAACAACAGGCAUCCCUCUCUCCUGAUCUUAAUCCCGCUCCUAACCUUUAUCCAAAUGUGCAUGUCACCCAUGCCCCAAAUCCCGUCUUGGAUGGUGGUCACUUUACAGCAGACCGACCCCAAACCACUGCAGAUUCCAAUCCCACACCUGCUCCUCCAGCAUCCACCAGUACAGCAUCACCAACAGUGACAGCAACAGUCGAAGAGGAGAAACCUCAGCCACUUCAACAAACAGAAAACCCCCAAAGUCAACCUCCCCCUCUGUCCCCAAAGCCCGACGCCUCCAAGCAAGCAGAGAAAGCAGAGCAGCCUAGCACCCAGGCCGUAGGCGAACACCCCAGCCCCACUGUCCCAUUGAUCCAUGAGCCAGCCUGUGCCCUCCCGAUGUACAACCCCAAGCCCCGCCCAGCCCCUGAUACCCUCAGCUACCUGGAGUCGGCUAGCCUUAUGUCAGGGACGUUGGAGUCCCUGUCUGGGCUGGGAGAGGAUGGGAGCUCUGUUGGCUCAGACUCGGAGAUCAACGGCCUGACGGUCAAGCGCACUGAUAAAUAUGGCUUCCUGGGUGGCAAUCAGUACAGUGAAUGCAGUGAAAAGGAACUCCGAGUCGAAGUUGCCAGACAGAGGGAGAUGAAAUGGAUUGAUAUGUUCAACAACUGGGAUAAGUGGACCAAACAUCGCUUCCAGAAGGUGAAGUUGCGCUGCAGGAAGGGCAUUCCAUCCUCUCUCAGAUCCAAAGCUUGGCAGCUGCUGUCUAAUAGCCAGGAUCUCUUAGACGCCAACCAAGGGAAAUUUGAGGAGCUGGAGAGAGAACAGGGGGAGGCUAAAUGGUUGGACAUUAUAGAGAAGGAUCUCCACAGACAGUUCCCCUUCCAUGAGAUGUUUGCUGCUCGGGGGGGCCAUGGCCAACAGGACCUGUACCGCAUCCUAAAAGCCUACACCAUCUAUCGGCCUGAUGAGGGAUACUGCCAGGCCCAGGCUCCCGUCGCCGCAGUGCUGCUCAUGCACAUGCCUGCUGAGCAAGCGUUUUGGUGCCUCGUACAGAUAUGUGAGAAAUAUCUCCCUGGCUACUACAGCGCGGGGCUGGAAGCGAUCCAGCUGGAUGGCGAGAUCUUCUUCUCUCUGCUACGACGCACAUGUCCGAUGGCGUACCGUCACCUCAAGAAGUUCAAGAUCGACCCAAUCCUCUACAUGACUGAGUGGUUCAUGUGCAUCUUCUCACGCACUUUACCAUGGUCCUGUGUACUGCGUGUAUGGGACAUGUUCUUCUGUGAAGGAGUGAAAAUAGUGUUUCGGGUGGGCCUGGUGCUACUGAAACAAAUGCUUGGCUCAGUGGAUAAACUUCGAGAGCUGCAGGGCAUGUAUGAAACAAUGGAGCGCCUGAGAAACAUUUCUCCCGAAAGUGUCAGAGAGGAUAUAAUAGUACAGGAGAUUGUUAUACUCCCAGUGACGGAGUCGCUCAUCGAGAGGGAGUGCAGCAUCCAGGUGAGGAAGUGGAGGGAGUCCAGGGGGGAGCUGACACACCAGCCGGGCCGCCGGCUCCAUGGUACGAGAGCCAUCUAUGAGUUCAAACGACGCGCUGCCUCCAUCAGCUCUGGUGGCAGCUUCUCUUUCCUUGGAAGCUCGAUCCCUCCACCAGGACCACUCAGGGCCUCAUCCAGCCUCCUCUCACUGCCGGGCUUCCGCAGGUCUCGGGCUCCUUUCCUAUCCCAAAGCAAGAAGGGCUCCUUCUCAGGUCCCUCAGGAAUGGACGGCCUGCCGCCUCAGUCGCCACCUGUAGUAACAUCAAACCCGGGUCGAGGCCCCAACCACAAACCCCCCAUGCCCCCAGGGGCAGGUCAGAGGUCAAUCCCACCCCACAUUCAGAGCCCCUUGGUCGUGAGUGCGGCUGGCCCAUCACGUGAGCCUGCUCAGCCCGCAGAAGGCUCCUUAGCACAAGGGCAACCUGCAGCUUCAGCCCCAGUACAGAGCACAACACCACCUCCACCCACCACUCUAUCCCCCUCCCCGAAGAUAGUCUCAGAGCAAAUUACUCCCACUAUCCCUUCACCUACUGCAAACAACUCCCCUCUGGCCCUAUGUCCGGAGUCAAAAAAAGAAGCGGUGGCAGUGGCUGACGCCACAACCGGAGAGGAAGAAGGAAAGAAGAAGAAGAAAAGCAAAGAAAACACCAAGAAAAAGGAAAAGGAAGAUGAGAAGAAAAAAAUGAAGGAAAAGAAGGAAAAGGAUAAGGCUGAAAAAGAGAGGCUGAGGAGGGAGAAGGAGAGGCUAGAAAAAGAGAAGAAGAAAGGAGGAAAGAAAAAGGACAAAGGGGGAGGAGAGGCUGAAGACAAAAAUGGAGCCGCAGCAGCGAAAGAUUCGGCCUAGUUUCCCACCCCGUCAUUCCAGGAUUAUGAAAAGGGACACAGAACAAAAAGAGAGGUCAGGGCAACAAAGCGCCCCCCAGAAACCGAUAGAGUGAUAGAUUAACAAAAAUGGGAUGGCUUCCUGUACAAAGCAUAAUUUCAGACUUAAUGUAGUCGCAGGACUAUGGGGGAGAAAACUGGAUCAUGGUUUUAAUAGCACCUCGGGGAGCUUUUGCCCCCUCACUCAAUGCUUUCUUUUUCAUCGAUUUUUAUGAAGAUGGGACAAAUUUCCUUUUUCAACUGGAGCACGGGCUGUGAGUCUGAAUCAUUGUUCAAAGGAUCGGUCAUUUUCUCUCUUAGUUUUUUUAAAAUUAUUUUCACUUCAAUUUCUCUUUUAAUCCGACUGAUGGCAGUGGUUUGAGAAACAUCGACUCGAGGGUUCGUUAAUGUUUGCAGAAAUCGUUAUUGGUGCCAUAGAGUAUGUAAAUAACAAGUCUACCUACAGUACCUAGGAUGUUGUUAGCACUCCGUACACCCGUCUGUUCUCAUCUAUGGACAGGUUAUCUGUUGACUGGGAAAAAGAAGAAGAAGAAAACCCUUGGAAGUCGUCUCAAAUGCAGGCACUGAAAAAAGACAUGCUAGUUAUGUUGUUGAGUAUGUAUUUAUUGUCAUGUUAAAUGUUGUGAGUGAGUGUGUGCCUUAGUAGUAUAGUGAAAAGUGUUACUGUUCCUUGUGUGGCCUCCCUUUUUUC